AUGACACUGCUGAUGAUAGAUCUCUCGUCUGCACCAGGAGUCAAUGUUGCACUGGGAAAGACAGCGUUCCAAACAAGCGAGUACAAACCUACCGAGGGGAAUGCCAGUCUUGCCGUAGACGGGAACACCGAUACCAACUACCAUCAUGGUUCCUGUACACACACUGUAGACUCUCCGGGAGAGACUAACGCGAGCUGGUGGGUGGAUCUUGGUCAAUCAUAUGUGAUUGACAGGGUACUCAUCUUCAACCGCCAAGACGUUUGUCCGGAAAGAAUCAACCCCUUCAACAUCCACAUCGGGGAUUCCGACCAGGUCAGCACGAACCCCAGGUGUGGAGGUGAUCAUCAAAUCAACCUGAACCAGCCGUCCAUUUCCGUCUCCUGUCCGGGGAUGAAGGGUCGCUAUGUGGGCGUCCGUCUUCCUGGACCCUCCCGAGUACUGACCCUGUGUGAAGUCCAAGUAUUUUUGGGUCGUUGUGCCCCAAUGUUACUCGACAAUUCUGCACCGAACCUCUACAAAAUCUCGUCAGAACUGGUAUGUCGGAUGGGAGAUGGAGCAUCCUACCGAGGAACAGUCUCUAUGACUGAAACAGGUAAGACCUGUCAGCGCUGGGACAGUCAGACACCACAUGACCACUAUUACUCAACUGCAAAAUUUCCUCUAUCCGGGCUGGAGGAGAACUACUGCCGGAAGACUGAAGACUGGACCGAAGUUUGGUGCUUCACCACGGAUCCCAGCACGAGAUAUGAGAUUUGUGACGUACCCGUAUGUGGUAAGGUCUGAUUCUGUCACUUCUACAACAUCUACUCCAUAAUCUAACACCAUCUUAUCAAUCAAUAAUGUUUGAUGACUAAUCAACUAUACCUGAACAAGAAAAUACUGCUUUCCAACCUUUCAUAUAAAAAAAGCAACACUGGUGAUGUUUAUCACCAGUCCCUCGCGAUAGGAGUAACAAUUUUGCAAGAACGAUGGCUAUAGCUCUGGUGUACCUGUUUCAGUUGUCGGACACAAUCAGCAAGGGUGCAAGGAUGGUUACAUACGACUCGGUCGGCACUGUAUGAGUCUGGUUCCAAUCCCAAAGUCUUUUGUGGGCGCACAGCAGGCCUUAGGCAAAAUCAUGUAUUUUAUUUAUUUUGUAUUAACCUCUUUGAUGUGGUUAUGUCACUAAGUUAACCUGUGACAACAUAGUACAGAGCAAGAACUUUGUUCUAACACAUUAAGUUAGCGCAUAGAAUUUUCAUGCCCUACAGGCUGGCUACAGCAGUGUUAUUCAGAAUUCAAAUGACGAGGUCACGUGGUUAUUGUUUUAUUUUAUACCGGGCACCACAAAGUACAUGCAUCCCUGCACAAUAAUGCAGUCAAUGAUUAUGUUACUAACAUAACCUAUAUCUGCAUAUUAAAUACCAUGAUUGACACACAUAGUUCUAUUAGUUUGCAAAUAUGUAAUAUUGGUGCUGUGCAGAUUUUUUGUCACUUCUAUUGAUUCAAUGACUAUGUUAUUAGGAUUCUUCUUAACUAUGUUCUUGAUACGAGACAUAGAAAUUUUAACACAAAUAAUAAAUAAAUAUUUGUAAGGAUGUAAUAAACAAAAAUGUAACAUAGUUGGUGUGUGGGGGUGGGUACUGAUGCAGAAAAUUGUGGUACAGGUCUGAUUCAGGUUCAGAUGAUCAGGUCCAGGUCUAGACCUCAACCUGAUUGUCUGAAAACUUCAGAAAGGGCAAUACUCAAAACAAUGCUCCAUUUCACUACAAACUAAGGAAUCUGUUGGUUGGAGUAUCCCGCUGGCACUUUAAAAUCAUAUCUUCUUGUAAACAAGGUUAACUGCCUCUAUUAACUACCUAGUUUGAAUGUAGAAACUUGGUAGAGAGGAAUAUAACUAUACUCAUGUUAUUAUUUUCUUGGACCCGGAAAGUUAUGAAAUGCAUUGACACCACUCAAUAUAAUCCGUUAAUUUUGCAAUCAGUCCAGAAUCCCGUCACUGAUUUUUUUCAGGUACAGUAUAUUCGGACCAAAAACGUUUUGCGGUACCCAACCAUGUUGGUGUGCAACUUUUUUGUCAUUCUUAUUGAUAAUUAUAAUCAUGGGAUCAAUCUUAAAAUAUUGUAUUCAACUUAGUUUAUAAGCUGCUAUAUUUGCUUUAGUCUGUAACAUUAAAAAACUGAAAUGCCAUUUUUGUUGGUUCUACUUCUAUUUUUUUAUUCAUCUCAAAUGCAAAAAAAAUAAUAUUGGUGAUCAAUUGCAAUUUUUAUUCAUCAUCUUUACAAAGUAUAACCAUUGGUAGAUUAGAUGUGUAGCUGUUAUAUUUACCUGUUAUGUGCAGCUGUGAUCCGUUUUCUAAAGAUGACUUAACAGAUAAAUCUUCAUGAUGCAAAUCUAUAUGAUUGGUGAUGUGCUGCUAUCAACCAAAAUCAAGGACAUGUGCAAAUGCUGACAGCUGUAAUGUUUUAUUUGUUGCUAACCAUAAAAUUGCCACAAAGCUCACUCAAUGCAAAUGACAUAGACAUAACAAAAUAAACAUAAAAUACUUCAUCCAAUCGAUAAUUAGUCCAUUUUUCCAUUGAUAAUUGGUUAUAAACAUUUUUUGGAACAUUGAGUCUGAAAUUUUAAAUUGUUUAUCCCCUUUCCAAGUUAGCACUACAAAAUGCUUUUAAUCUGUAAGAUUAUAUUUCUAAAACAUCAACAAUGUCAAAUGGCAGUGAUAAUUUACUGCCAACUGCUACCUUAGGAGGAAUGUUAAUAAGGAAAAUGUACAUUGUGUCUUCUACUGGUCCUAAAAAUGUACAUUGUGAGCAAUGCAAUGCUACAACAAAUGCUGCCUUUACAUUGAAUGUUGCGAGAAAUACUUAUAAAUGAUGGAAUAGACGUGAUCAGAGGCUCAUGUCCCUGUUGUGAAUAAUUGAUUGCUUUGAUGUUUGUAACAAUAGAAUCUGUGCACAAUAUAAAACAUCCUGAAAUCAUACAUUAUCAA